CGAUCAAUUGGUGAACCGCCAGAUAGAAAUUCCUGUCAACAUAUCGCUAGUACGACACUUUCCUUACAUUUGGCGUGUUCUCUCUAUCUCUCUGAAUUAUGUUUAAUUUUGCCUGUUUUAUAGCAUGGCUGCUCCUGGUCUUUGCAGUUGACGCCAAGUCGCCGUCAACUUCCUCGUUAGGACCCCGAGGCCCUCCAACUGUGACCAUCAAGAAUGGCACCUUGAGUGGCAUUUUUAAUAGCCACUACGACCAGGAGUUCUUUCUCGGUAUACCCUAUGCGGCGCCGCCUGUAAAUGACCUCCGUCUGCGCAAACCCCAGCCUGCACAACCUUGGGCCGGCAUUCGGAAUCAAAACGUCACAGACCCGGUCAGCGAAGAUUGUCUCCACAUCAACAUUAUACGGCCAGCAACCCAGCGUUCACCACUUCCCGUGCUCGUAUGGAUACAUGGGGGGGCAUUCCAGGAGGGCAGCGCCAGCGACGGCAGGACCAAUGGAACCUUUCUCGUGCAGACAUCCGUGGAGAUGGGAACACCAAUCAUUUUCGUCAGCUUCAAUUAUCGUCUCGGUGCUUUUGGCUUUCUGGGUGGCCUGGAAAUAGAGGCGGCUGGCGUAUCUAAUAUUGCCCUUUACGACCAACGGCAGGCUCUCCAUUGGAUUCAAGAAAACAUCGGAUAUUUUGGCGGAGAUGCAUCACAGGUUACGAUAAUGGGCCAGUCAGCUGGUGCUAUGUCAGUCGGAUUUCAUCUCCUCGCCUUCGGAGGCCGAAACGAUGGUCUCUUCAAUGCCGCAAUCGCACAAAGUGGAGGUCCCUAUACGGUACCGGUUCUCAGCCGUGAGAUAUCGGAUCGAGAAGCCGAUUUCAAUAUGGUACUGAACAAAACUGGUUGUUCAGACUCUAAAGACUCCCUGAAUUGUCUACGCGCAGCUCCCGCUGAGUUAUUGCAACAAGCUGGUUCUCUCUUGACACCUUCAUUUGUUGUUGAUGGCGGAAUAAUUACAGCACCUAGCGAAGAGCUCUUACACUCGGGCCGCUUUGCUAAAGUACCUUUACUCAUUGGUUCGACGAGGAAUGAGGGAACAUCUCUACUGCAGCAAAUAUUGGGUACGACGGGCUCAUUUGAGACUGAGGAGCACUUCAAAUCGUUCAUCAAGACUUCUUGGAUAAGAGGCCCAAUUAAUGAUACAGUCGCCCAACAUUGGGCGCAACUGUACGCUCAGGAAAUCAAUACUCCUUCGACAGCUGGUCUAGGUACUGUGAAGCCGAACCCCGGUCCAAAGUACGGCAACUAUUAUGGCCAGGCAACGUUGUGGCUGGGUGACAUGACAUUCACUGCUGGAAGGCGUUUUGCAACCCAAGCAUGGGCUAGAGAAAACGUGCCGAGCUAUAGUUUCUUAUUCGACGGUGUACCAGCAAACAUGGAUCCAGAUACGCUUGGAGCUGCCCACUUUUCAGAUGUGGCAUAUACGUUUAGGGACACGGAAGGCUUUGGCUGGGAGAUAAACCCUUUCCCAGCCGAGCCUACCCUGAAGGAGAAACAUGUCAAACUCGCCGAACUCAUGAGCCGAAUGUGGAUCAGCUUUGCAACCAAGCGGAACCCAAACUUCCACAAUGUAUCCGAUUUUCAUACGACUUGGCCAACAUAUACUAAUAAACGCCCCGUUAAUAUGGUUUUUGAGACUACUCAAAGCCAUUUACAGGCUGAUGACUGGCGAGCCGAAGCAAUCAGCAUGAUGUCUCUUGUGCCGGGUACUCAUCCAACGAGAGGUAAUAACAAUUGUUAGGGCUGUUAUUGCGUUAACUACAUAUUAAAAUAGAAAUCUAAAGUAGACUAAGAACUUACCCUUUAUGUGUCAUCUUAAUUAAUUAAUAUCUAAUAAAGUACACUAUCAG